AUGCAGGAGAGGGGGAAAGGGGGCUGGAGUGGGUGGAAAGCAUUUUGGAGAGGGGGAAGGGGGGCUGGAGUGGGUGGAAAGCAUUUUGGAGAGGGGGAAGGGGGGCUGGAGUGGGUGGAAAGCAUGCAGGAGAGGGGGAAGGGGGGCUGGAGUGGGUGGAAAAGCAUGCAGGAGAGGGGGAAGGGGGGCUGGAGUGGGUGGAAAGCAUGCAGGAGAGGGGGAAGGGGGGCUGGAGUGGGUGGAAAGCAUGCAGGAGGAGGGGGAAGGGGGGCUGGAGUGGGUGGAAAGCAUGCAGGAGAGGGGGAAGGGGGGCUGGAGUGGGUGGAAAGCAUGCAGGAGAGGGGGAAGGGGGGGCUGGAGUGGGUGGAAAGCAUGCAGGAGAGGGGGAAGGGGGGCUGGAGUGGGUGGAAAGCAUGCAGGAGAGAGGGAAGGAGGGCUGGAGUGAGUGGAAAGCAUGCAGGAGAGGGGGGAAGGGGGGCUGGAGUGGUGGAAAGCAUGCAGGAGAGGGGGGAAGGGGGGCUGGAGUGGGUGGAAAGCAUGCAGGAGAGGGGGAAGGGGGGCUGGAGUGGGUGGAAAGCAUGCAGGAGAGGGGGAAAGGGGGCUGGAGUGGGUGGAAAGCAUUUGGAGAGGGGGAAGGGGGGCUGGAGUGGGUGGAAAGCAUUUUGGAGAGGGGGAAGGGGGGCUGGAGUGGGUGGAAAGCAUGCAGGAGAGGGGGAAGGGGGGCUGGAGUGGGUGGAAAAGCAUGCAGGAGAGGGGGAAGGGGGGCUGGAGUGGGUGGAAAGCAUUUGGAGAGGGGGAAGGGGGGCUGGAGUGGUGGAAAGCAUGCAGGAGAGGGGGAAGGGGGGCUGGAGUGGAUGGAAAGCAUGCAGGAGAGAGGGAAGGAGGGCUGGAGUGAGUGGAAAGCAUGCAGGAGAGGGGGAAGGGGGGCUGGAGUGGGUGGAAAGCAUGCAGGAGAGGGGGAAGGGGGCUGGAGUGAGUGGAAAGCAUUUUGGAGAGGGGGAAGGGGGGCUGGAGUGGGUGGAAAGCAUGCAGGAGAGGGGGAAGUGCGGCUGGAGUGAGUGGAAAGCAUGCAGGAGAGGGGGGAAGGGGGGCUGGAGUGGGUGGAAAGCAUGCAGGAGAGGGGGAAGGGGGGCUGGAGUGGGUGGAAGCAUGCAGGAGAGGGGGAAGUGGGGCUGGAGUGGGUGGAAAGCAUGCAGGAGAGGGGGAAGUGGCGGCUGGAGUGAGUGGAAAGCAUGCAGGAGAGGGGGAAGGGGGGCUGGAGUGGUGGAAAGCAUGCAGGAGAGGGGGAAGGGGGGCUGGAGUGGGUGGAAAGCAUGCAGGAGAGGGGGAAGUGGGGCUGGAGUGGGUGGAGAGCAUGCAGGAGAGGGGGAAUGGGGGCUGGAGUGGGUGGAAAGCAUGCAGGAGAGGGGGAAGGGGGCUAAGGUGGGUGGAAAGCAUGCAGGAGAGGGGGGGAAGGGGGCUGGAGUGGGUGGAAAGCAUGCAGGAGAGGGUGGAAGUGGGGCUGGAGUGGGUGGAAAGCAUGCAGGAGAGGGGGAAGUGGGGCUGGAGUGGGUGGAAAGCAUGCAGGAGAGGGGGAAGGGGGGCUGGAGUGGGUGGAAAUCAUUUUGGAGAGGGGGAAGGGGGGCUGGAGUGGGUGGAAAGCAUGCAGGAGAGGGGGGAAAGGGGGCUGGAGUGGGUGAAAGCAUUGCAGGAGAGGGGGAAUGGGGGCUAAGGAGUGG